AUGCCAGCCAGAAUGCAGUCCUCCACAUGCUGUAGAGAUAUGCCAAUGGCAAUGCCGACGAGGAAACCUUCUAUAUCAUCACUCCCACGCCUCGUCAAGCCACUGUCCAAAUUUCUAUCAUCCUCCCGUCGAAGCUUUUCAUCAGAUUUGUCACUUCGUUGCUUAGACGGUGGGUAUGAGGCAGGUGACUUGAAGCCGAGCAGCAGUAGUUUCCACCUUGCUAGCAGUGAUGAACUGAGCUUGUUUUCAUUUGCAACCGCCGUUGUCAUCGAAGCUGACGACGAAGAAGAGGAAGAAAGGGGUGUCCGUUUUGCCCCUCAACCAACAACAGCGACAUUUACCUGUCUGUGCCUUGACGAUUAUACACCUGACGAGCUCGAGGCAUGUUGGUUUUCCCUCGACGACAUUCGAUACAUGCGAGAAAAGAGAAAGCGAAAACGAGCGAGAAAGCUCUUUACGAAGAAGAACAAGCGCCUCCAGGGCAAAAUCUUGAAACGAGAAGACACACGAUGGAGCGUAUGA